AUGGCAGGAAAUCAAGACCAGCGAGUCCAAAUCGAGGUGAAGGGCGAGGUCGAAGUACUGCUCCCUGCUGAGCGUGCCGUUCUCGCAGUCGAGGUUCGCUACGAGUCCGAGGACAAGGACAAAACCAGUCAAGCAGUCAUCUCCUCCGCCAAAGAGGUCGAAACUGUGCUUCGCUCCAUCUCAACACGCACUGGAGACAAAGCACCAACGGCUGACUACUGGUCCCGCACCUCGCUCUCGGAAAGCAGCUACCAAAACUAUGACAGCGAGAAGAGAGUCCACCUCGCUCGCGAAUACACCGCCAAGAUCGAUUACUCCGUCUCCAUCCAGAACUUCUCCCGUCUCGGCCCCGUGAUCCACGACCUCACCGCCAUCGCCCACGUCAGCAGCCAAGGCGUCUCCUGGGUCCUGACCACCACGACAAUGGAAGCACAGCACAGCAAACUCCGUACCAUGGCCGCUAAAAAUGCCAUGGUUAAAGCGAACGACUACGCUGAAGCUCUUGGUUUCAAGAAAGUCACGGCUGUGGAGAUGAGGGAGGCGACGCAUUAUGUGAGGAGUUCGAAUAGAAAGGGCGGCGGUGGGUUGAUUCCGGCGGACCCGAUGGAUACGAGUGCGAGGAACAUGAUGGAAUUGGAUUGGGAGGAUGUGGGCGUGGAGGCGUUUCAGUAUACGCCGGAGGAGGUGAAGAUGAGUCAGAGUGUCAAUGGGAAGUUCGCGGCGGAGUAA